AUGUCAGCCGCCGUGGCUUGCCUGGACUACUUCGCUGCCGAAUGCCUGGUGUCUAUGUCCACCGGCCCGGUGCUGCACCAGCGCGCAACCGACCCCGAGGGCGCGGGAGCAGCAGCUGUCUCCGAGGUGGGUGCGGUGCCUCGGGAGUCGGCAGGGACGGGCUCCGGGGCACGGGGAGUGCUGUGGAUACCCCCAGUCCUCCAGAUCCCCGCUCCUGGCCCCAGCGAGAGCGAUGAGUGUUCCCACCUGCUGGCUGCGAGCGCUUUGGCGGAUCUAAGCUGCAGUGGCAUGGAAUGCUCCCGGGAGGACUCGGGAGAAGCUCCGUGUGUCUCAGCUAGCUGCUGCGAGCCGACCUGGUGCUCCAGCAACACUGGGUGCUCCGAGCCGGUCCCCGCCUUCUUCGAGGAAGAGCUCUCCGGCGCGGAGAGCUCCUGUGGCGAGCCUGCCAUCUUGAGCGCACCCGAGGUCCCAGAAGACCCCGAUGACAGCGGAGAGGUGCCCGAGGGGCCCCCAGGGGCCGGCCCCUCGCCAGCAAUAGGCGCUACGUUCCGAAGGAGGCAAAUUACACCCGCAGCCAAGCGACAUCAGUGCUCCUUCCCGGGCUGCAACAAAGCCUAUUACAAGUCUUCGCACCUCAAGUCUCACCAGCGCACCCACACGGGGGAGCGCCCGUUCUCCUGCGAUUGGCUCGACUGCGACAAGAAGUUUACCCGUUCUGACGAGCUGGCCCGCCACUACAGGACGCACACCGGUGAAAAGCGCUUCUCCUGCCCGCUGUGCCCCAAGCAGUUCUCCCGGAGCGACCACUUGACCAAGCAUGCCCGUCGCCAUCCAACUUACCAUCCCGACAUGAUCGAGUACCGGGGGCGUCGUCGCAUUCCCCGCCCUGAGCCACCACCCCCAGCCAUGGUGGAAAGCUCCGGUUCCGACUCCAGCCCCGACUCUGGCCAGGAGACCAGCUUCACUGCUUGCCUGUAG